AAUAAAUAAUUACUAGACACAUACUUCGUCUAUCACAAACAUCAUACCAGCGAGACAUCUUCCCAAGUUAAGCCGAGUUCUCCAAAGUCCAGCGCCGAAUCCCGUAUCUCCACCAUGUCUAAGACAUUCACAGCGAAAGAUGUUGCCGAACACAAGGACGAGAAGAACGGCAUGUACAUAAUCGUAGAUAGCGGCGUCUAUGAUAUCACAAAUUUCCUCGACGAGCACCCGGGAGGAGCAAAGAUCCUCAAGCGCAUGGCCGGUAAAAACGCGACGAAGCAAUUCUGGAAGUACCAUGGCAAGAAUGUUCUAGACAAGUACGGCGGUAAGCUGAAGGUUGGGGAAUUGACCGAGACGGCGAAAUUAUGAGAUGGCGGGGAGGCGUAUGGCAGAUAUUUAGUGCUAGGGGAAUUACUUAUACACCGCAAGAUUAGCAAUGUCGUGAUCGCAUACGUUGUGGUGGUGUUUGGUUUGCAUACCUAGGUACCUAUUCAGA